UUUAUACUUAUUAUAUAGAAAUUAUAUUAUUUCAAAAGUGCAAUGACCGAAAUAAAACAAGAAAUUGAUUCAUGCAACAUCGAAUAUGAAAUUAAAUGUGAACCAGUAGAUUCAGAUGCUUCGGAAACAGAAAACAGUUACAACAACGAUUACAAAGAGACAAAUGAGAUUUCUGAAGAUGCAAGUUUCCCUCAAUAUUUAAAACCAGAAACAUACAUUGAUACUCAAGUGCAAGAAGAUAUUGUCCAGGAUUACCAUGAACAAGUACAAAUACCCAGUGAGAUAGAUGAUUCUUUUAAACCUGUAAAACAGCCUAAAGAGAAACGAUUUCAAUGUCCUUACUGCAUGAAGACUUUUCCUCGUAAUAUUGAUUUAGUUCCUCAUGUAAGAACCCAUACAGGAGAAAGGCCUUUUAAAUGUGAUAUGUGUGACAAAGCUUACACGCAACUAUCUACUUUAACAAACCAUAAACUGACACAUGCUCCUGAAAAGGCUUUCAAAUGUACACAAUGUGAUAAAGCUUAUUCUCGUAAAGGUGAUUUACAAAGCCACUACAGACUACACACAGGCGAAAGGCCUCACAAGUGCAAUAUAUGUGGCCUAGGAUUUCCUCGGUCGUCCAAUUUAAUGAAACACAUGUACGUUCAUAUAAAGGACAAAGACUUUGAGUGCCCUUAUUGCAGUAAAGCAUUCUCUAACAAAAGUUACUUACACAUGCAUCUCAAAACGCAUUCUGGAGAGCGCCCUUAUGAAUGUUUCAUUUGUUUGAAAAAGUUCACACUGUUACAAAACAUGAAAAAACAUGUAUCCAUUCACAUCAACGGCAAACAAUUCAUUUGUUCCCUUUGCAAUAAAGCCUUCGCGGACCAACAAAGUCUAUCCCUUCAUACUAAAGUCCAUACAGGCGAAAGGGAUUUCAAAUGUGAUGUUUGUGGUAAAGCCUUCAUUCGAGAUCAGUAUUUGAAAAAACACAAAGUUGUUCAUGAGGGUCGUAGAGAUUUCCAAUGUCCCUACUGUGAUAAAGCUUUUACAAGAUCUGAUAUUUUAGCACAGCAUUUACGUAUUCAUACUAAAGAGAAGCCUUUCAAAUGUGAUGUGUGUGAUGAAGCGUUUGCACGAAAAAGUGGAAUGUUGAAACAUAAAGCAAAAGCACAUGUCGAAGAAAAAAACCUUCAUUAUGAGACACAGAGAGUAUAA